GCAUCGACUGCGGGUCGCGCUCGUCUGCCGUUCUAAAAGCCCCCAUCUUCCCAUCCUUCGCAUUCCCUCACUUGCGAUCGCCUUGCUAUUUUGAAACCACCCAUUCGCGUCCAUCACUGCUCUCAACGCACAUCACAUUCUAAACAUCUCUUGCAUAGACAGUUCCGUGGCACUGAUCAUCGCCAACUGCAAUUUGCUUCGACGCCUCGCAUUCUCAACACCAACCCACACCACACACCAUGGCUACGGCCUCUUUCUCGAGUAGUAUCGACCAACUCAAACAAGCAUUUUGCAAUGAGUACUCUCAUCUCUCAGAGCAGCACCGCCAGCAGCUGUGGCUGCAGCAUGUCGCCACCCUGCCCAGCAGCCCUCAACAGCACUCUCAAGCACAACAUGUCCCGCGCUCAAUGUCAAGUUCAGCUGCCAACAUGACGCAACUACUCGUCAACAGCUACGGGCACGUGGGCCGCGUUCAGUCCCCAUCUGCCCCAGCCAUGGAACACUCCAUGUCCCUCUCAGCCGACAACAGCCUCCAGCGAUCCAGCUCAAACAUGUCCAACUGGCAGUCAUCAUUUGACGACCAUUCCAACGCAUAUGUGUUCUCUGAUGCAUCAAUGUCAACACAACAAGCACUCGAGCCCAUCAACGAGACGAAUUUCACCAAUGACAGCACGGUUGAGUACUCACCAGAUGACUAUGUCAACUUCAUCGAGACCUCAGACAAUGCCCACCUUCCCCUUUCCCAGCCCCAACACCAACCCCAGUUGCAACUAACACCCAACAACCAGUGGAUGCCGGCAUUAGACGUUUCCACAUCACCUAGCACACCAUCGACUGCUCUUAUGACGCCGAUUACUCUAUCAAGUAAUUCAAUGAGCCGUCAGAGUAGCUUCAAUCCUCAAUUUGCUGAUGACUUUUCAAUGCUGCGUUCAGAUUCUCAAAUGUACCCCAUCCUCCCUGAAGAUGGGUCUAUUUCUUUUCCAUCAGAUGUCAAUCAUGUACAGAAGGGUAUCAGCGAUCACGCUGAUAACCUUCAUUUCCUAUCUUCUACCGGUUUCACUGGCAUGCCCAGUGAAACCUCUUUCCUUUCUCCUGUCGCGCCUGUUUCUUCGGCAAGUUUUCACGCACUUGCCCAACAUCAAGAGAAUGAGCCGUGCCUGGUGGAGGAUAUGCGGAGGUCGGCUUCAGCGUCUUCAACGUCGGCAAGCGAGAGUGGUGCAAGCUACGGUUCUGCGUCGCCCAACCGCUUCCACACCCGCCACGUCCGUCGCGAACGCGAAAUCAUCGCGCAAGCUGGCAGCUGCAGGAUCGCGCCCAAGACCGCUCCCAGCGCUCCCCAGACAAAGUCCGCAUCACCCAAUGUUCAGAUGAUGCGGAUUCAGUCUGAAGACGGAUCCUCGCGCCAUGUCGGAGUCAUCAGCAAAGCACCGUACGUCCGCCCGCAGCACCCUAAGAUCUUGUGCCCGCACUGCAGCGAGCGGCCUGAGGGCUUCCGUGGCACGCACGAGCUCGACCGUCACGUUGCACGUGCUCACACGGCCGUCCGCAAGGGCUUCAUCUGCGUCGCGCCCGCCUUCGACAAGAACUUUCUCAGCGGCUGCAAGCACUGCCGCAACGAGAAGGUCUACGGCGCGUACUACAACGCCGCCGCACACCUACGCCGCGCGCACUUCCACCCGCGCAAGCGCGGCCGAAAGGGCAAGAACGACGAGAAGCGCGGCGGCAUCGGCGGCGGAGACCACCCGCCCAUGGACUUCCUUAAGCAGCAUUGGAUCCGCGAGAUCGAGGUCGCGAAUAGCAACAAGGCAAAGAGUCCUAAGAGCAGCCACUCGUCGCCUGCGAGCGAGUCCGAGAGCACUACCGAACACGACGUUGACGCUCCUCCGUACGACACGGAGCUCACGUACACGACCGACGUAUCAAUGGCGUCGAUAGAACCGCACGCGUAUGUUGACUUUGCGGCAUACAACACCGUGAACAUGAACGAGCCAGAUGCUGCUGCCUCGAUGUACAAUGCGUCGUUGAUGUAUGCGACGCAGGCACAGCAGCCGCCCAGUGACGACUUUGACUUCGAUGCGUAUAGAACCUAGUUGGGUUCUAUGCUCUUUCUUUUCUCGUUUCUUUCUCUUUGCUUCAGCUUGUAUAUUUGCAUGGCCUGGCGUUCAACGAUGCUUCAUACGAUUGGGAGGAAACAUGACUGGCUAGUCGGUAAGGCUGGGACCGCCCCAAGAGCUGGGGCAGGUCUUCACGGGAUACACUUUGGGCCCUUGGUUUGGGUGGGGUUUUCUGAAUAGUCUCUUUCUUGACGCUUGUCACGAGCUGUUGAUAUCCUUUUAGUAGUAGUACAUGCUAUUUGUCGGGAGAUGUCGUUUCACUUGGUUGGAUGAGUCCUGGAUACGAGUACUGUUAGUGAUUGUGUAUUGUUAUUACUUGCUCGUCGCAGUUCGGCCGCAGAGGCUCGGACAAGCGCAACC